AUGGCUCCAGGCGCAGCCACGCCCCGCCGCCAUCGCCGUCAUCGCCGCUGUGGCCAUGCAGCUCGUUACGGAGCAGUUCUGCACGGCGCGGAUGAUAUCCCACACCCGCCCAUCGUUUCUCACGACGUGCUACCUGUCGCAUCGCACGUGACGUCACGGAAUAGCAACUGUGCAGAAAGAAGCUGUAAUAGAGAGGAAACGGCUCUAUUGCCUAGAGCGCACAUGGCUAGAUCGCCUAGAGCGCACCGGAUAAAGAGUAGUCGAGAGCGCGGCGCGCAUCUGAAGCAUGCGUCCCUGGCGCCACGUGUCGUCUGGAGGCUUCUCCUCGUGAGCGGGCUCGUGAGCUUCUUGGGGUUCGCGUCGGUGCUUUGUGCGGCGUCUGACGCGCCGGACGGCACGGCGGACGACGACACGGUGCGCGAGUGGGCCAUGCCCGAGGGCAAGAACCUCACACUGCAUGUGCUCGCCGACAAUACCUUUGGCGCCAAGUGCCUGGACGGCAGUCCACCCGGGUACUUUCUCCGGCGCGGCAGCGGUGCGGGGAAGGAAGCAUGGCACAUAUUCUUGCCGGGCGGGGGGUGGUGCGCCACUGCGGAGGACUGCGCUGCGCGCGCCGCCACCUCCAUGGGAUCCACGCGGCCCUGGACGCCCCGCCGCAAGAGCGCGCGGCACCUGGCGGUGCUGUUCAAGGGCAUCCUGAGCCCGGUGCGGCGGCGCAACCCCAACUUCUACGACUGGAACCUGGUGGUGCCGCUCUACUGCGACGGGGGCGGGUACGCGGGGCGCGCGGGGUGGAAGAAGGUGAACGACAGCACGAGCAUCUUCAUGGACGGCUGGCGCAUCAUGAAAGCCGUGCUCUCUGGUGUGUAG